UGACCAGCCAGCAACAUGGUGGCAUCCGUGCUGCAGACAUCUCACGUGUUUUGCUGCCCUAACCGGGUGCGGGGAGCCCUGUCCUGGAGCCCCGGGCCCGGAGGACUUCUGGCCUUCGGCACGUCCUGUUCCGUGGUGCUCUAUGAUCCUGGGAAAAGGGUUGUCAUUACCAACCUGAAUGGUCACACUGCUCGAGUCAAUUGCAUACAGUGGAUUUGUAAACAGGAUGGCUCUCCUUCUACUGAAUUAGUUUCUGGAGGAUCUGAUAAUCAAGUGAUUCACUGGGAAAUAGAGAAUAAUCAGCUUCUAAAAGCGGUGCAUCUCCACGGCCACGAAGGACCUGUUUAUGCAGUGCAUGCUGUUUAUCAGAGGAGGGCAUCAGAUGUUGCAUUAUGUGCACUGAUAGUUUCUGCAGCUUCGGACUCCACUGUUCGAGUAUGGUCUAAAGAGGGUUCAGAAGUAACAUGCCUUCAGACCUUGAGUUUUGGAAAUGGAUUCACUCUGGCUCUCUGCUUAUCUUUUUUGCCUAAUAUCGAUGUACCAAUAUUAGCAUGUGGCGAUGAUGACUGCAAAAUCCACUUAUUUGUUCAACAGAAUGAUCAGUUUCAGAAAGUGCUUUCUCUCUGUGGACAUGAGGAUUGGAUAAGAGGCGUGGAAUGGGCAGCCUUUGGUAAAGAUCUUUUCCUAGCAAGCUGUUCACAAGAUUGCCUGAUACGAGUAUGGAGGCUGUAUAUAAAAUCAACAUCAUUAGAAACUCAGGAUGAUGAUAAUAUAAGACUGAAGGCAAACACUUUUACUGUAGAAAAUGAAAGUAUUAAAAUAGCAUUCUCGGUUACUCUGGAGACCGUGCUGGCUGGUCAUGAAAACUGGGUGAAUGCAGUUCAUUGGCAGCCUUCAUUUUACAAAGAUGGUGUUCUACAGCAGCCAAUGAGAUUAUUGUCUGCUUCAAUGGAUAAAACCAUGAUUCUCUGGGCUCCAGAUGAAGAGUCAGGAGUUUGGCUAGAACAGGUUCGAGUAGGGGAAGUUGGUGGAAAUACUCUGGGAUUUUAUGAUUGCCAGUUCAAUGAAGAUGGCUCUCUGAUCAUUGCUCAUGCUUUCCAUGGAGCAUUGCACCUUUGGAAACAGAAUGCAGCUAACCCAAGAGAGUGGACUCCAGAGAUUGUCAUUUCAGGACACUUUGAUGGUGUCCAAGACCUAAUGUGGGAUCCAGAAGGAGAAUUUAUCAUCACUGUUGGUACUGACCAGACAACUCGACUUUUUGCUCCAUGGAAUAGAAAAGACCAAUCACAGGUGACUUGGCAUGAAAUUGCACGGCCUCAGAUACAUGGAUAUGACCUGAAAUGUUUGGCAAUGAUUAAUCGAUUUCAGUUUGUAUCGGGAGCAGAUGAAAAGGUUCUUCGAGUAUUUUCUGCACCUCGGAAUUUUGUGGAAAAUUUUUGUGCCAUUACGGGCCAAUCACUGAAUCAUGUGCUUUGUAAUCAAGACGGUGAUCUUCCAGAAGGAGCUACUGUCCCUGCUUUGGGAUUAUCAAAUAAAGCUGUAUUUCAGGGAGAUAUGGCGUCUCAGCCUUCUGUUGAGGAAGAGCUGUUAACUAGUACAGGUUUUGAGUGUCACCAGAUGGCCUUUCAACCCUCCAUACUUACUGAACCUCCCACUGAGGAUCAACUUCUGCAGAAUACUUUAUGGCCUGAAGUUCAAAAACUAUAUGGACAUGGUUACGAAUUAUUUUGUGUUGCUUGUAACAAUUCAAAGACUCUGCUUGCCUCAGCUUGUAAGGCAGCUAAGAAAGAGCAUGCAGCCAUCAUUCUUUGGAACACUACAUCUUGGAAACAGGUGCAGAAUUUAGUUUUCCACAGCCUGACUGUCACACAGAUGGCCUUCUCUCCUAAUGAUAAGUUCCUACUAGCUGUUUCCAGAGAUCGGACCUGGUCAUUAUGGAAAAGGCAGGACACAAUCUCACCUGAGCUAGAUCCAAUUUUCAGUCUCUUUGCCUUCACCAACAAAGUCACUGCUGUGCACAGUAGGAUUAUUUGGUCUUGUGAUUGGAGUCCUGAUAGCAAGUUUUUCUUCACUGGAAGUCGAGACAAAAAGGUGGUUGUCUGGGGUGAGUGUGACUCCAGCGAUGACUCCAUCGAGCACAGCAUCGGCCCCUGCUCCUCCGUCCUGGACGUGGGUGGGUCUGUGACAGCCGUCAGCGUCUGCCCAGUGCUUAACCUUUCCCGACGAUAUGUUGUUGCAGUAGGGUUAGAGUGUGGAAAGAUUUGUUUAUACACCUGGAAAAAGACUGAUCAAGUUCCAGAAGUAAAUGACUGGACCCACUGUAUAGAAACAAGUCAAAGCCAAAGCCAUACACUUGCUAUCAAAAAAUUAUGCUGGAGGAAUUGCAAUGGGAAAACUGAACAGAAGGAGGCAGAAGGCACUGAGUGGUUACAUUUUGCAAGUUGUGGCGAAGAUCAUACUGUGAAGAUACACAAAGUUAACAGAGGUGCCUUGUAAUGGACUUAAUAAUUACAAGCAUAUAAUCAGUGGUGUCUUAUUUAUCAUGUAAAUAGAUAAUCUGUCUUUACUUCAUAA